UAAUGGCGAUGUUUCCAUAAUUUUUAAGUGCUUAAUAAAUAAAUAAAUAACGUGUACGCUUCUAAGAUGUUAUGAUUAAAAUGAAUAAUGCCUUCUGACUCAGCAUGGAUCCAAACGGUAACGGAAAGAGAGGUUUGCCCAGACUUCGAGAGAUCAUCAGACGUCAGAGACAAGACUCGGAUGGUGGCGGUGGUGAUUCACCCGAUCUCGAGUUCGUCUACGAUGACACCGACACGCAUCAGAACGAAAUCGCGGAACUGUACAGCUACACCGAACAACCUGAGCUCACCCUCAAUGUCAGGGCGUUCGAGGACCAAAUGGAGCAGUACAAUCUGCCGCCCAGCUGGCAGCGGCUGGGCGUCGAGGAGAAGAAGUCGGUAGUUAUGAAGCUGUUAGAUCAACUGGAAGUCAGCAGUAAACCUCUUCGAAUGCGAAGUGCCAGAUGUAUAUUGUACAUAACUCAGGGAUGUUGGGCUGAAAUGCAGUCCGACACAGAGCAGGCGCAGUGGGCCCGCCGUAACUCCAUUUUACUAUAUCAACUUGGUGCUUUCAAUGCAUUCACCGAUUUACUUAACAUUGAGAUCGAGAACAGUACGGCGGCACACGUCGCCAUGCGCAAAAUAGCCGUGUCGCUGGCGGAUUCGCAGGAUUUGCGCGUUAUUCUGUCAGUUUUAUACACCAUCACCGAAGUGAUCCGGAACGAGAAAGCCACCGGAUGCGACGAGUUCCAGGCCGAUGUGAAUUCCUUUUGUAACGAGAUAGCGAACGCAAGUGGCGAGGACCUUUUGAUAGUCAAGCUGCUCGGCAUGGUGACUAGAUUUUGUAGCGGCGCCGCCCCACAUUUCCCCAUGAAGAAGGUGCUGCUCUUAUUGUGGAAGUUAAUUUUGGUGUCUCUGGGCGGCAUGAGCACGCUCAGGGAGCUGAAAAUUGAGAAACGUAAACGGGCCGGUUUGCCGCAACAGGAUGAAGACACCAUGGAGAUCGCCAAAACUAUGAGAUCAUCCUCUCCACCUGCCAGCGCGUCGGAUUUACUUGAAGCACAGAACGAAAAGAGGAACCCCAGACCGUUUCGAAGGAGUCUGAUGAAGCAAAGCAGCUUGGAUGAUCACGAGUCGUUGGGCAUGGAACUCGAAGCUUCGAUGAGCGGCGAAAACGCAGAUGACUUGUCUGAUAUGUCAGAUUACGAUGAAAGGAGGCCGGCAGAAAAUAGUGACGGCCAGAUGUAUAAUAAUUACCAGAAUAGGCCUAUGUCACCCACUUUACAAAACACUAUUAUGUUACCUCGUGGUUUGCCUUGGAAACCCAAAGUCAGGCAAAAGGAUAUUGACAUGUUCUUAGACACUGCUAGAAUGAAAUUCGUAGGAUAUAGUCUGCAGAAUGAUAGGACAACCAUGUUUGGACUUCCUGAGCCAAUACAUGAGGGAGUAAAAACACUUAAAGAUCAUGUCUACACUUCGCUGGCGGAGCUGCAAAUCCAAAAGGAGGAAGAAAUUGCCAGGAACCCGCUGUCGACAAGCGAAGGCGAGAUCGAGAUGACACCGACCGAAAUCCUGUAUCAAGCAAUGCUGCCGAAUCUGCCGCAGUACAUGAUAGCCCUUCUGAAAAUACUUCUGGCCGCAGCUCCCACGUCGAAGGCGAAAACCGACUCCAUCAACAUAAUGGCCGACGUGCUGCCGGAGGAGAUGCCCAUGACUGUGCUCAGGUCGACCAAACUGGGCAUAGAUGUGAACAGACACAAGGAGAUCAUCGUCAAAGCUGUGUCUGCGAUAUUGUUGUUGCUGCUCAAGCACUUCAAGAUCAAUCACAUCUAUCAAUUUGAAUUUAUGUCGCAGCACCUGGUGUUCGCCAAUUGCAUACCUCUGGUUCUGAAAUUCUUCAACCAAAACAUCAUGGCAUACGUUGGCGCCAAGAACGCCAUUCCAAUACUGGAUUUUCCGUCUUGCGUAAUUGGAGAUCAGCCCGAGCUCACUACGGAGAGUCUGGAGAUCGGGGAUCCAAUACCGUUCUCGUGGCGGAACAUGUUUUCGUGCAUCAAUCUGCUGAGGAUACUGAACAAGCUGACCAAAUGGAAGCAUUCACGGAUAAUGAUGCUGGUGGUUUUCAAGUCGGCACCAAUACUGAAGCGUACUCUGAAAGUCAGGCAUGCGAUGACUCAGUUGUACGUGCUGAAGUUGCUUAAGAUGCAAACUAAGUACUUGGGCAGGCAAUGGAGGAAGUCGAACAUGAAGACCAUAAGUGCCAUCUAUCAGAAGGUCAGACAUCGCCUCAAUGAUGAUUGGGCAUACGGAAACGAUUUGGAUGCCAGGCCGUGGGAUUUCCAAGCCGAGGAAUGCGCAUUGAGAGCGUCAGUUGACAGGUUUAACAAUAGGAGGUACACACAAAUAGCAGACAGUGAAUACGAGCCAGUAGAUAAUUGUUUGAACAGUGUCCUUGGAACGACACACGAUUUAUCUGACAGUUUUAAAAGGCAUUAUCAUCUUUGGUUAGAACAGGAAGUAUUUGGCACACCAAUUGAAUGGGACAAACUCUUGCUGAAACAAGGAUAAUUAUUUUUUUAAACGUAACUUAUACAGUCAUGCAAUAAAUAUUAUAGUUUUUAGUGAUUUAUAAUGGAUUCACUGCACAUCACCGCAAUAAAAAACUAGCCUUUUUAUAGAAACAACUGUAAGAUUUAUUGCAUGGAUUCAUAGUACAUCUGCCCUUUUUUUAGGAUUUAAUUUGUAUAAUAGCAUUUAGACGUAACUUUUUACUAUCCAAUUUUGUAGUAGAUAAUUUAUUUGGGUCUACACUGCUAUUUCAAUGUAUAGACUAUUGGUGAAAUUUUUUAAGCUUUAUGCUAAAGAUGAUAUUCUGCUGGCGUAUUCGUUAAUAUCAAAUUGAUGUCAGGUUACGAGUCACGUUUUAUUUCUAUACAUGUUAAGUGUUUAUAAAAAUAUUAUUUUAACUUGAAAAUAGUUUGGGUGUAACACAUUGGCUGCCAGUUAACGCGUUUACAUAUUAGGAAUUGUGCGAAUUUUUUGAACAAAUGCGGAAUUUAAUUUACUCACUAGUUGCCGAGGUUCAGUCCUCAAAUUGCGUUUAAUUCACGUGGUAUGUGUUAAAUAAUAUUGUCGAACAUUAAAUGUGAUAUUUUUAAUUAACUCUGUAUAAUUUUUACACUAGUUUAUAUUGAAUUUUGUUAUUAUUAAGUAUUUACUCUCACCUUAAAAUUGUGAUUAUUGUGUUAUUAAUUGAUUAAGGUGGACAAUUUUACAUUUAUUCAUUUUUGAGCUGGUAAUUUUGUGAACGUAUUUAUUUAUACACUACACUCUGUAGAAAAUUAUUUUUGGUUUUUAAUAUUUGGCGAAAUAUACCAAAAGUAUCGUUUUGUUUUACAGUAUUAAACACAUUUUUUAAAAAGUUGUAAUUAAAAAUGUGUGAAUUUCUGAAUGAUUGUGUAAUAGAUUCACUCGGUGCCGAGGUUAAAACCUCUUACAAAGUUCGACCACUGCUUCAUCAUGAAAAUGUAACCGAUUGUUUUAUUAGCAAGUCUUAGAAAAUCAUUGUAAUCUUUUUAUUGUGUAAUUAUUGUGGUUUAGGUUUUAACUGCAAUGUCUUUUGCUUAAAUCUCAAGUAUUUUGUUAUUGUGAUAGUUGAAUUUUUUGGACUCAUUUGAAGUCAGUUACAUUACAUUUUUGACGCUGGGGUCUUCAAUCAAGGUGAUAAAGUUGUUUUUUAUAAACUGCUUUUUAUGGUAUAUAUCAAGUUUAAAAAAUACUUCUUUGUGUUGGUCUUUAUACGUUUGUACUUUAUAAUGAAUGGUCUAUAAAUACCGAAGCUAGUGGCAAAUACAAAUACCUUACAAACAUUUUUAAAACUUGAUAUAUACGUGUUAAAAAUGAACUUCCAAAACCUAUUGAAACUUAACAUUUUAUGCUUAAAAUUAGUAUCUGGGAAGUAAGUGAGCAUUGUAAUACUUCCUGAAUGAAAACUGCUGUUACCUAUAAUCUAAGGGAACACUUUGAUUUAAUUGUGAUGUUGAAUUUUUUACGAGAAGUUUCUGCGAUUAUGAUAUAAAGUUAACUGUAUAUAAUAAGCACUGUAGGUUUUAGCGGCACUACAAAACAGUCCGUAUUUAUCACCCGUAAUUCUAAAGCAAUAUAAAUAAGUAGAUGUAUUUCAAUUCAAUUUCUAAAGUAGCAUAAUUUCAUUGUACAUACUACCACUACUAAUAAUAAUAAUAAUAAUAAUAAUAAUCUUCCAUACACACAUAUUCAGUGCUUUCAAUACUAUAUGGUACAAAAUGAAUUUAUACGGCGAAAUGUGCAACACCUCCAAUCAGGGUCAAUGAAUUUUGAAAGCACAGCAUAACAAAUGCCAAAAAAUCAUAUUCUAAUCUCAAACACCAAAACCUAUUGCUAAAAAGUUAUUAGGUAGCAAAUAGGAAAAUCAAAGCAGAACAUCAGCUUUAGCAUUUGUAAUUGAUAAUAUUAAUUUAAUGUGAAUUUCAGAAUUUAGCUUAGCAGAGUAGGCCUGAUUGUAUUUAUUUGAAUGAAAUAUACCUCUGCCUUUAUAA